ACGAGGAACAAAAGCACGGUUUGCUUUUUGUUACGUGUGGUGCGCAUACAGGUGGAGAUCUCACACGGUUUAGACUUGAUCAUUUUUAGAAGAUUAAAACGCGUCUAAUUUGUACUGCUUGUUUUAAGUGUGUGGAGUUUGUUGCUUAGCAGCGUGGAGCGUCUCCUGAUUGGCCGAUAUCUCGCACUCGCUCCAGCGCUCUUUGAAACGCUCGUGAAAGGUGCGCGAGCGCGCUACAGAACUGUUCACAACUCUAAACCUGCGAAACAUUUAACUACACCAGCGCAUCUUCACUGUGAGCAUUUUAUUUUGAACGUAUUUGCAUUAUGCACGUCAGUUUGUCGACGCUCAACAUCUUUUGAAGUGGGAAAGAAAGAAUGAUAAAGAGACAAAUGGAUGCAAGUGCUCGAGUUUUUAAUGUGGGCUUAUAGUCUGGAGGGCUCGUGUUACCCAGAACACCAUGAUUACUGAUUCGUCAAAUCCGGCAGAGUUUUACGAGGACAGCGCUUCACUUCUGUCCUUGGACUCCAGUGUAUUUUUCAGUGAGCCCGUUGUGCCAAGCGCUGAUCCCCUGGACUUCUUCAUUAUAAAUGUCGGAGGCAGUCGCUACAUCCUCUCUCAGGAAUUGUUGGCCUCCCACCCCGAGACUCGCUUGGGUAAGUUGGCCCUUUCCACCCGAGACUCUGCUUUAGACUUGUGCGACGAUGCGGAUUUCAUGGAGAACGAGUACUUUUUUGACCGCAACUCGCAGACCUUUCAGUACAUCAUGCACUUUUACAAGACGGGCCGUUUGCAUGUGCGCGAGGAGCUGUGCGUGAUCUCCUUUCUGCAAGAGAUCGAAUACUGGGGCAUCGACGAGCUCCGCAUAGACAGCUGUUGCAGGGACAAAUACUACCGAAGGAAGGAAAUUAAGGAGUCGAUGGAGAUUAGUAAGGAAUCUGACGUAGUGGACAGCGAUAAUGAGGACUUUAAUGGCGUUAUUUGCCAGGACUUGCGGCAACGCCUCUGGGACCUGAUGGAGAAGCCAGAUUCCUCCAAGGCGGCCAAGACAUUCGGGACACUGUCCAUGCUUUUUGUGGUGGUGUCAAUAGUGAACAUGUCACUGACUUCUCUCGAUUUCACUAUUCUCGGAGCACCCAUCCUGGAUGUUCUCGAAUACAUUUGUAUCAUCUGGUUUACAGGUGAACUGGUUCUCAGGUUUAUGUGUGUUAAGGAUAAGUGUAAGUUCAGCAGGAGCGUGGUGAACAUCAUAGACCUGCUGGCCAUUUUGCCAUUCUAUGUGACUUUGGCCGUGGAGAGCCUGCAUGGCGAAUCUACGGAGCUGGAAAACGUUGGACGAGUAGUUCAGGUCUUGAGACUGAUGAGGUCGCUCAGGAUGCUAAAACUUGGCAGACACUCCACAGGUCUUAAAUCUUUGGGCAUGACGAUAACUCAGUGCUACGAGGAAGUUGGUCUCCUGAUGCUGUUCCUUUCCGUCGGCAUCUCCAUCUUCGCCACGGUGGAAUACGCCAUCGAGCAUGACAUUCCAGAGACCACCUUUCCCAACGUGCCCAGUGCCUGGUGGUGGGCCACCACCUCCAUGACCACGGUGGGCUACGGCGACAUCCGUCCCGACACGGUACUUGGAAAGAUAAUGGCCUUUAUCUGCAUCCUCUCUGGGAUCCUCAUCCUCGCGCUGCCUAUCGCCAUCAUCAACGAUCGAUUCUCCGCCUGCUACUUCACUCUUAAAAUGAAGGAGGCGGCGCUUCGGCACGGAGAGGCUCUGAAGCGGCUGACGCGCAGCUCGACCUCGGACAUGACGGCUAUAGGGGUGAACCUGCGCGACGCCUACGCCAGAAGCGUGCUGGAGAUGCUGCGGUUGCAGGGGCGAGAGCGAGAGCGAGCGAGCACACGCAGUAGCGCAGGAGAUCUCUGGUGGUAACAGAAGGCCUACAUACUAACAGACACAAAGUGUGUGUGUGUGUGUGUGAGAGAGAGAGAGAGAGAGAGAGUGAGAAAGUCUUUGAAAGGACACCAAAACCUUUUCAGCUGAAAAUGUGUGAUUUCUAUGACACUAGCAGCAUUGAAUUGAAUUGCAAAAAUAAUGAGUGUUCUCAAACAGGUUUCCGCCCGCCAGCUAUUGGUUGGGCAUUUAGGUAGUCCCCGCCCCAUUGGUUCAUUAGUUGAGUUGCUGAUAAUGUGCCACCCAAAACAACCAUGUCAUGUUGAAAGCAACAUAAUGUAUGCUAAGAAGUGUUUACUUUUUUUUGGAAGACCACAAAUAGUUCUGCAUACAAAAUUGCAUUUUAAACACAAGCAGAGCAAAUGUUUGUGCAAAUUUGCAUAAAGGUUGAACUGGCAUUGCAUUCAUCAAUUCAACAAAUGCAGCAAUUUCAACAGAAUCCCUUUAUAGUUUAGGUUUGCCACAAGCAUGUUCUCUUUAUAUUUGUAUAAAAGAUCACCUGCUUAUAUGUAAUGUAACUAGUUUAUUAUGUUCAAUUUAAAGAUAUGUAAUAAAAUAUAUGUCCUAA